GCCCUCGUCAGUUUCAUGUCGAAUCAAAACAAUCGGCCGAGUUUAGACAAAGCAAACAGCUGUACCUUGAUUCUUUCUUUAGUUUUCAAGAUGUCUACGCCAAAAAGAGCUAGAAUAUGUACUGAUUUCUACCGAUGCAAAAAAACAAGAACCUCUUCAAGAGAAAAUAUAAAAUACGGCUGUGGCACUGAAGCUAGGAAAGGUUUGCAAAACACUUUAGAUCUUAGAGUCUCAAGGCCCCGAAGGACUACAAGGCAAACCAGAAGUAUAGCUGAUUGGCCGACUCCAAGUUCCCAGUUCAUCGCCUCUACAAAAAAGACAAUUCACAAGUCUUGCGCAAAAACACGAAAGACUUGUCUAUUUGGCGGGUUGGAACUUUUAAUUGAUCAAUGCCACAUCAAGUGCAUCCCAAAUGAGCUCCUUCUUCAGAUUUUUUCCUAUUUGGCUGCAGAAGACCUCUGCUCUGUUGCCCAGGCCUGUUCAAGAUUUUCAACUAUUUGUCAAGAUGAGCUUUUAUGGAAACAGCUCUAUGUUGAGGUUUUUGAUCUAAGGAAGCCACUUAUAAGAAGUGAAGAUGGGGUAGCUAAGAUAAUGGAGCCCACAUCAGCGGCAUGCUGGAAAGAGAGCUUUAGGAUAUUCCAUGGUGCUCACCAUGUAUUAGGACCUAAGCAUGCAAACUGUACCGUUAAGCAAAGACUAUAUGGUGAUGAUAAGUGGCACAGGUCUAUAGAGGAUGCGAUUAAGGCUGUGCCGAAGCAUGGUACCAUUUUUGUUCACACGGGUUUAUACCAGGAAUCGCUGGUCAUCAACAAACCCCUCUCUCUUAUUGGUGUGGCAUUUGGUGACCCUACGGCAGUCACACUGCAGAGCUGUGUAAACACCACAGUCAAGUUUGAGGCUGGCUGUAGUAAAGCUUUUCUAGGACACCUCUCAAUUAAGCACACCGUUAGUCAAUCAUCACAGUUCAGCAAGCACGGAUGUGUCGAAGUGCAGGGAGAAUGCUCACCUACAGUCUUUAAUUGCAAGUUAACUAGCUUAUCACAUGCUGGAGCCACUGUGUAUGUGCACGGCAGAGGGGCCAGGCCUGUGGUCUCACAUUGCGUCAUUAGUGACUCGGAGAAUGUCGGAGUGUUUGUAACAGACGCAGCGCAGGGUCUGUAUGAAGACUGUGAAAUCACCAACACAAAGCUUGCCGGGGUCUGGGUCCGAAGUCAGGCGAAUCCCGUGAUGCGCCGUAACACCGUCCACCACGGCCGAGACGUGGGCUUUUUUAUAUUCGACCAAGGAAUGGGAUUCUACGAAAAGAAUAACGUACAUAAUAACCGGAUUGCAGGGUUUGAAGUGCGUUCAUGGGCGAACCCUACGGUAGUGGGCUGUGACAUCCAUCAUGGCAUGACUGGUGGCAUCUACUGUCAUGACGAUGCGCGCGGAGAGUUUUUGGAAAACAAGAUUUACUCCAACACCUAUGCAGGGAUUUGGAUAACGUCACAGAGCAACCCUACGAUAAAAAACAACGAAAUAUUCGAUGGACAGCAAGGAGGAGUGUACGUUUUUGGAGAUGGCAGAGGGCUUAUUGAAGGAAAUAAUAUACACGAUAAUGCGCUGGCCGGGAUCCAGAUUCGCACAAAAAGCAAUCCGAUCGUUCGAUGUAAUAAGAUUCAUAGCGGCCUACACGGUGGUAUUUAUAUUCACGAGGGCGGACAAGGGCUGAUCGAAGAAAAUGAGGUUUAUUGCAACACUCUAGCUGGAGUCUGGGUGACAACAGGUAGUACGCCGACGCUACGUUACAACAGGAUCCAUAGCGGAAAGCAGGUUGGCGUGUAUUUCUAUGACGGUGGUUGUGGUACGCUGGAAGAUAACGAGAUUUUUAACCAUAAAUACUCCGGAAUACAAAUAAGAUCAAACAGUAACCCGACUAUCAGACGGAACAAGAUUUGGGGAGGGCAGAAUGGCGGCGUGCUUGUCUAUAACGAAGGCCAGGGCGUGCUUGAAGAGAAUGAGAUUUUUGACAAUGCGAUGGCGGGUGUGUGGAUCAAGACAGAGAGCAACCCUGUCUUGAAGAGAAACAAGAUUCAUGACGGUCGAGAGGGGGGCGUGUGCAUCUUUAACGGAGGACGAGGAAUCCUAGAGGAGAAUGAAAUUUUUCGCAACAAGCUGACUGGUGUCUUGAUAAGUACAUCGAGUUAUCCUGUACUUCGAAACAACCGCAUAUUUGAUGGAGGUGCAGCGGGAAUAGAGGUUACUAAUAAUGCAGGUGGUACCCUUGAAAACAACGAGGUCUUCAACAACAGAUUCGACGGGAUUUGUUUGGCCACAGGUGUCAAACCCAAACUUAAAAAUAACUCCGUGUACGGCAACAGAAGCGAAGUGAGCAGUGCUGUCGAGUUCGGCAAAUGUCUAUUCCAAGUGUCAGGAAACUCCUGUUACCCAAUGCACGACUUUUACAAGUGUAACACGUGUGGGACGUCGGAUGGUUUUGCGAUUUGCGUGAGUUGCGUGAACGCCUGUCAUCAGGGCCACGAUGUGCGCUUCGUUAGGCACGACAGGUUCUUUUGUGACUGCGGAGCUGGCUCUACAGGAAUUCAUUGCAAGUUGACAGCGGACUCCUGCUGUGACCAUGCGCAGAAGAGAAAACGCACUAGCUCAGGCGGGGGAAGUUACAUGGAACAGACGAAGAGCUAAUAACUUGGAAAUUAAGCGCAUUUCUUAUAAUGAAAACAAGUCAAUCGGUGAUUGAAUCAAGCACCUCAUGGAAUAUGAGGAUCAUGGUUCUGCCAUACGAAAGAAAAAAGGAAUAAGUUGUAUAAGUAAUUUAUUACAAGAGAAUAGUUGCUA